ACAAUUUUGUAGGGUUUUUAACACAAUCACGUACGUGUUUGUCACUUGUCUUGAAAGCUGCUAAGAACUACUUGUGGUGAUGUGCUGUGUUGGGUUUUCCCCAAAAAUAUCACUUUGCAUUUUGGUCAUUCAUUCCUUGUUUUGUCAGAAAAAAUUAGACAUAGCUGUUGAAGAAGUCUUGUGGUUCAUAUAAAUUUGAGAAGUUGCACUUGGUACUAAGCAGAAACAGUGUAUUCAUCAACACACAUUAUGUAGAAAACAAUUCUGGGUAGUGGACAGGAAAAUCUGAGUUAAUUUACCCUAUUUUCUCUUCUCUGGGGCAAUGCACAGAUGUCUCAUUGCAACAUGUACUCACCACAAAGUGCAAAAAAACUCGGAGAAUGUAACCACACCGCUCCUUUUAUCAGUUAACUCUAUAAUCGCUAAAGGUUUACUCUUAUGGAAACUGCAAAUGGCCAAUUCAGUUUGACAGCAAACAGUUGUUAAGCAGUGUCUUUCUACACAGGAACUUUUAAUGAGGAUGCUUUGACUGCUUAUGCAGGUAAGAAACUGACAUAUCAUAAAUAAGCCUGCUUGGAAUGCCUUAAUUAAACUUUCACUGCAAGGGACUUUUUGCUUGUCACCGUUAGACACAAAUUCGUCGAUGUCUUCAAGGCUCUCAGGUGGAAGAUGAGAUUUAAAGUGAGGGAGCUUGUUUGUCUUAUUUUAUUGUCAGUUGCCACACUACUUCAAAAGAAGAUAAUAAGGCAAAAAGCUGGAAAUGAAACUGCUGUUUUUAGGCACGAGAUUCAUCCUGUGUAGGUGUACCAUCCGUGACGUGACAACAGAGGAAGUGAAUGCGGUAGGGCUUCACUUGACGUGUUGGAACCACAAUCGCAACAAUCCCUCAAAGGAACCUAAAGACAACCGAAGAAGAUGCACAAAUUGUGGAUUUAUGUUGUGAUAUUUCUUUUGUCCGAGGAAGGGUUUCUAACUCAAGGAACUACUAACUCAAAUAUCAUUGUGAACACAACUACUUCACCUAUGAAAGUUUAUGCUAACAGAAAGGAAGUCUUCAAUCUUGGGAGCGAUGCUAGACUCAUCUGCAGCAACAGGACUCAGACUAAGGCAAUUUUUGUUAUCUGGGACAUUGAACUGAAAGACAAAACCUGUAACAUCUCCUUUAGCAACGAGGGUCUAAACAUUAACACCUGCAAUGAUGGAAAAUCAAUACAAAACUCAACCGAUCAGUCGUUCCUGCACAUCCCAAACUUUUCAGCCAGUGAUGUUGGAGCUUACAGGUGUGAAUCAGCUUACACAGGAGGAAAUGAAAAUUAUAAGAUUGCAGUGGGUGUCACAGCUCCUCCUGCUGUAUCUGGCUGGUUAGAGCGAAGGGACAAGAAGAUAGUGGCUGUGUGCAGAGCUGAAAAAGGGAAUCCUGCUGCCAACAUCAGCUGGAGUAUCAGAUUAUAUCACUCAGUGACACAGCAGAAUGACCCAGAUGGAUUUGUAACUGUAGAGAGUCGGUUGGAGAUCCCUCAACACAUUGAUGCAAAAUACUUGACCUGCAAUAUCCGGCACCAGUUUUGGGAGCGGGAGAAGAUUCUAAUGCCAAAAUUCAGAGAGUUCCAGCAGUGGAUACGUAUUGUUGUGGUUUUCAUCAUAAUUAUUUUAGGAUUAUUGAUUUUUGCUCUAAAAAAACGGAGAUGUCUGCAGUGAUUCAUAAGUCAAUUCAUCACCAGGAACCAUGACACGGCAGCCAUUUUUGUGCUAGAAGGUGUCACUUUUUGUGUUAAUAACUGUGUAAAUUUGUUGGUCAGAAGGAGCAAACUGUGUUCGCUCCAUUGUUUUGAUUUAUGUUGGAUGAUAUUGGAUAUGAAGAGAAUCUGUGGAACAGAAAAUAAAAUCAGUGGAGAGCAAUGGAUGUUCAUGGUGACAGAAUUGGCCAAACUGGAGUUUUUGGUCUUUAUCACAGGUUCUCAUUCAUAACAGUCUCGUCACAACAUACAUGUCCAUCAAGGAAAUCUUUGACUUUAAGUAUAGGCUCAACCUCUUCACCUGUUUUCUACAUUAAUUAUAAAAAAUGAUUUAUUUGACGAAGGGCACAGCUUUUUUCUCCCCCUGCUGCUCUUUGUGUCAAUUACAGUCAUCACAGUUCAUAUGCAUGUUAUUAACUCUUUGCUGUGUCAAUAUCUGUGAUGAUAUUUUCAUCUGUUUACAUUCCAGUGCAACAUAUUUUGUUUUGUUUUUUUUAGAAUUCUCGUUAGUCAAUUGGCAUAUAAAGCAAUGACUAAAAUGUGUCACUCUAACUGUGGAUAACCCUCAUCAUCAGUUUGGGAAUGUAGUUUAUAAUUUUUUAGCCUUGAAACAGAGUAGCAAGAAAAAGUAAGUAAUCCAAGAAAUAGUUUCUCUUCCUGUUCCAGCCAGGAAGAUCUGUCAGCCACAAAUUAAUAUGUUUUUUGUUGUUGUUUGUUUUUGUUUUUUUCUUCUACUUAAAGUUAAUUUUUAGCUUUUAUAUCAUGUUAAAGCAUCUAAUUAGAGCAUAGAGAUUUUCAGUUUGUUUUUUUCAAUUACUUUUAAGCUAAUUUCUCUCAUGCAAUUUCAUUAUUCAAUGAUAUGGUCAAUAAUUAAAGCUUAUUGUAUUAAAACAAAUGAUUCUAACCUUUUUACAACUUUAUUGUGCAAACAUGACAAAUAUCUAGGGAAAAUAUAUUCUUUUUAAUCAGUUAACCAAAAGGAUGUGUUAAAUGAAAAUGACCAAAAGGGGGCAGUGUAGCUGCAGGGAUUGUUUUUAUUUUUACCUUUGAGUUCAUCAAGUCUUUAAUAGACUAUAGCUUUAAGUUUUACACAGUUUUUGCUGGCAGCAAAUUAUUAUCCUAUAGCUUGUUGAUAAAUGUGCUGCAUUUUAUUUGUUUUAUCUGAAACAAUUUGUCACAUGACUGCGUUAUUACUGAAAUCAGCUAAUUUAGAAACGUCAUAAAACUGAAUGUAUUACUAUGUUAGUGUCAUAACAAUCUCAUCAUACACGGUUUUUCCUGGCAUCUCAAGGUCUCAAAUAUGUCAGCUAAAAAGAUCACAGUAUGAUCUCUUUUUUUGUUGUAAAAUAGGAAUAAUAAAAAUGAUGUAAGAAGGCAAAGACGCCUGACACAAAGGAAGAAGCAGCUCGAGACUUGUGAUUUUUUCUGUAACAUUGAAACGCAUUAAAAGUCCGUCCUAUUUUACUAUCUCCAAAAUGUUGUAUUAUUUGGAGCAGGAUUUUCACAGAGGUCUUGGUAUUCUUGUAGUUAGGCCUGUACUUUUUUAACCUAAUGAAAGAAAUAAAUUGUAUCUAACAAUGA